AGCAGCGGAGUCAUUCACCUUUAUUUGUAUGAUUAUAAUGUUUCAAGACAACUUCAAGAUGGUCAUGCUCCUCCAGAACGGUUCUCAGCAGAACAGCACCUUGCCAACUGAGAACUGGACAUCUGUCUAUUCAGCAGUGCGGUGGAUUCAAAUGAUAAUGGCUAUUCUGAGUAUUUUAGGCUCGGGCUCCAUAAUCUUCUACGCCGUUUUCCAAAGACUUGUACGGACGUCUGAGGUGCAGCCUCUGUUCCUGCUGAGUUUAACAGACAUGCUGUUGGCUGCUAGCUGGCUGUGCGGUGCUCUUCUCUUCAGCACAUCCUGUGACUCCUAUGCCACCUGCUACAACCUCCACACAGUGGAGCAGACCCUCUAUAUGGCUUCAUUUUUUUAUACGCUCAAUUAUGUGUGGGUGCUCUACACUGGCCUGAAGGAAAAGUAUCGUCGGAGACUGAAUGGUUUCCCAGCCCAGCAUCCAGCUCAAGCUAAGCCAUGCAGACGGUUGGCAACAGUUAUGUCAUGUGUCUUGCCACUGCUGCUCACAAUGCCAGUCUUCAUAACAGGAAAUGUGGACCAGUGCUAUGUAAACUUCACCCAGCCCUACAAAUGUCUGCUGCUGUACACUGGUGCUCUUUUCCUUUCCUCGUCGGUGAGUGAGGUGCUCCCAGCCUGCAAGAUCAUGAGUGACUAUACCAUUACCAUCUUCCUCAUCACCUUCGUCAUCACCCUUAUUGGAAUUGUGGUGCUCAUGUUCAAAGCGCGCUCCUUGUACAAGCGCUGUGUUACUUCUCUGGGUUUCUUCGGAGACAGUCAGUGGACCACGCUACGUGUGUUGGAGCGGCGUAUGGUCCUUUACCCCACAGCGUUCUUCUUCUGUUGGGGACCAGCAAUUUUCCUGGCUGCCAUGAUGCUCUUCAAACCCGAUGAAGUGAAGGGAUGGCUGGGGGUCAUCCUGUAUAUCCUGCAGGCUUUCACUUCUGCCUCUCAGGGUUUAUUGAACUGUUUGGUGUAUGGUUGGACACAGCAGCAUUUCCGCUCUCUGAGCAUGCGGGACGCCAACACACAGACGCCGCUGCUACGCUCACAGAAACGCAGCUACGCCGCCCUCCACUCAUCCAGCUCAAAACUCCAGAAUAUUUGAGGGACGUGAACUAUGAGGACACUUCUAACACUUUACCCUAAGCUCCAAGCAGCCUUAUGACUUUUAGACUGGAGCUCUAUGGGCGAAGCCCUUUUUAUGAGGCGACUUUGGGGUUUUGCUUUGACUUCUGAGGUCACAUAAGGGUCAGAAUACCUGUUACCAUGGCAACAAUGCCAGGUGGCCAGUCAAGGCAGUUAAAAGCAUGGACAAACAGCCUUAUCUGUGAGUGACAUGAAACGAGGAAGGUUUCCAGUACUGGUUUUGUUAUGACUUCUGCCACUGCACCUGCUGCCUGAAGCUACAUCGAGGGAGGGAAUUCCUCUCUGGUGACUGGGGCCAUAUUUAUAAGCUGCACAAUACACUUCGAUGUCAAAUAUGCUUAGAGACUGAUAAGUGAGCUAUCUCACUGUGGGUUACUAUUACUCUGUGUAGUUCAUAAAAGACAGGAAAGUAACUUGUGUGCCAAGGUAAAGUACGUCAGGGGGGCUGUAGGGCUUCACUUCAGAUUGAAGUACAGGAACCUACAGGACAGUGUCUCUUGUAUAGUCUCAAAACACACACCACAGAUUCCACCAGCUUGUGUGAAGUCCACACACUGUUAGUUUGCACUCAAACACAUCAGAAUGAAUGCACUGCUGGAUGACCACGGCCGUGGUAGACUUGGUGUCUAUGAUUAGCAUGGAUAAUUGGAUAAUUGAUGCUUCAUGAGGUUAAAUUUGUUCUGAUAAUGGAAUUUAAUAUGGCUGGUUGUAUCAAAGAAUCAAGACUGCUGUUGUGCUGUUGCUCACAAGAUAUCAACGACUGUUUUGAAAACAAGAAAUUCUUGCUAAUGGACAAUGUCCAUUAAUAAACAAUAGCAAGUUACAAUUGAGGGACUGUAACUAAUUUUUAAGUAUUUAUUUUUUUUGUGUAAUCCAUUUGAAUUUAGUUCAAAUAAUUCAGCAUAUAAAAAUUCACGUUUACAUUAGAUUCAUUCAAAUUCUAAUGGUGUCAUCUUAUUCCACUGAUUACACGACGAGAUUGAUUCUAGUAGCACAAAUACCAUCUAAAACCUGCUCGGUGUAUUUUGGUCUGAGCUACUUUCCGUUUGUCAUGAGUGAAGAAAGCGUGUAUGCGGUGUGUGUUAAAGGGAAAGACCGAGGGAGAUUACGAGGAGAGGAAGGGCUGCAGUGAAAGAGGAUCUGAGAGAACAACAGUGCUGUUAAUUCCAUCCAGAAAGAGGGGGGAAAAAAUGCCCUUUCAGAUUCAGUCCUAGACUUGUGUACAGACAGUUACAGUGUGGAUUAUGGCUCUUUGCGUGUUGAGAGAUAUUGAGACCGCUUAAUGUUGCAAAAGCAAAAACACAACAAAGUUAAUCUGUCUUAGGUUUAACUGUAUAGAGUUGAGACUACAAAUUGCUCCAACUCACACAAAUGCAGUUAAUGUUCAUUUUCGGUCGUACACCUCUUCUUAUAAGGGAUCGAUAUUAUUGUACGGAGAAGCUGUAUUGAGCUUUUCUGCAAGAUCAGAAAUAAUAUUAGUAUUAUAAAACUGCCCAGAUCUGUUUCUAGUAUUUGUGUUUUUCUUGUUUGCUACCCAUGAACUUGAGACGUCACUUGCAGUUUGACCUGUUUGACCUCUGUACAUGUCUGUUGUCGUGGGACCAACAAAUGAACCAUUAACUGAACAUCUCAACAUUUUCGAUUUCGUUCACUUUUAUUAGUACACUGUAAAACCCAACUUCGUUCUGUUUGUGUGUAAAAUAUGUGCUGUAUGACGAAUAUUAAGUAAACCGGUCGUCUUAAAGAGGAAUUCCACCAAAUGUUUCACACGUUCUGCAUAAUUAAACUGUUAAAAUGGAACCAAAGAGUGGUUUGAUGUGAAGCCAUUUUCAAGAAACCUAGUCCAAAUUGUUCACAGUGUGGGUGAUGGGAACCAGACAUCCAAAGCGUUUAAUUCUUCUUAAAGCUACCUCACAGAAGGUUUUUGCAUGAAAUGGCCUUGUUUUAUCAAAGUUUUUAAUUCUUAAAACCCAUUCACAGCAGAGUGAUAUGUGGAGGGCAUUUUACUGUAAAAUAGUACAAGAAGCUUUAUUUUUUAGUACAAGAAGCUAUAAAUAUGUAUACUAAUAGUGUUUUGAUGUUAGUAGAUUUUGUCGCUUCAAGAGUGGAGCUUCAUUCUAGUGACACCAUGCAUUUCUUUGUGAUUUAUCUCUACCAUCGUAUAUCAAAAUCAGAAAACAUGGUUGUUUUGUAAAUCAAAUAUAAUAGUAAUGCAUAUCGCUGCAGUCGGAAGAAAACCUUGUAUCUCCAAAAACAUGCUUUACUUUUAAUGUAAGUCAGUGGAACCAGAUUUUUUUGGGCCAUUUCUUUCGGUCCAUUCUUCCUGAAACUUACACCCACGAUUAAGGGCAACAGGCAUUUUCGAAUUAUUUCCAAAAAUGAUAAAAAUGGAGAUACAAGAUUUUCUUCCAGUAGCAGUGAUAUGUUGGCACUAGCCCCUGGUUCCCAUCAUUGCUGUUGUAAAGAGAUUUUUUCAUUGUUUGAUUUUUCUACAAUGAACCAUUUCACACCAAACCGCUCUGAAUGGCUUUGUCUGCAUCGCAGCGACUGACCUAUGCAGACGUUUUGAACGGUUGGUGGAAUUCCCCUUUCAGUUGUCGUUACUUUGAAGCUGUGAAGCCUUCAGUCAUUAUGAUGUUACAUGUUUACACAGCCACUUUAACUAAAGGUAAUUCAGACCAAUUAAGCCAUUACAUUGACAACGUAAAGUGUUCUACAUUUAGAAGUUUUAAACAUGAUUGUGCAAACCUGGAUUCUCUUUUGAGAUGUUAUUUUUUAACAUGGUGUCAUGUUUAAUCUGCUUGCAUUGGAGGAACAGUGUUGGGAAUGUCCUUACAUGUCUGGUAUAUUUGUAAUUAAUGCAUGUUAGUAUUAGAGGAAUUUCCAGUUUUGCAGAAGUUGAACUGAGUGCACUCUGCUUUUUUUUUUAGACCUACACUGUGUUUUGAUUGUUGCGCAAUUCCAAUCCAGUUCUCAUCACGUGCCCUAUUCAAUACAAUGACUGUCAUAGCAGGACUUGCCGUCAUAUAUUCAUGUAUUCUGCUCCUUUCACAGUACAACAUAUUUGAUGUAUUUCAGCAUCAGGUUCUGAUCUUGCAAAUAAACAUUACUUAUCACUUA